AUGACACCUACUCCCUUAUUGAACAUACUCACUGAAAACAAACUAAACGGAAAUAACUAUAAGGAAUGGAAAAGUAACCUGAUAAUUAUCCUGAGUUGUGAGAAACUUAAAAUAGUUCUUGAUACUAAGUGCCCUCCGACCACCCAAGCUGAUGCUAGGAAACACAGGCAAGAGUCUGAUGAGAUAGCUCGUUGCUAUAUGUUGGUAUGCGUGACCAAUACUUUGUAUAAGCAAGUGGAGAGCUAUAAGACUGCUAAAUCAAAUCUGGAUAAGCUAGAAGACAUGUUCGGAGGCCAAGCUACCUUGGCUCGAUAG